AAAUAAACAGAUCUUCGGACAUUAAUGCUUAAUUACGCACACAACUAUGAGGCCAUCACUGCGCAGUGAGAACCGUUUCGGGCUCAUAGGAUGAAGGUCAGGUCCAUCAGAACUCUAAGCCCAUUCGACAUGGUUUAUCAUUCGCUCUGUGCCGUUCGUGACAGAUACAACACACUAUACCAGGGGGAUUCACUCUGACAUAUAGUUACUCAUUGUGCCUUUAUGUUCACAUUCUAGAGAUUCAUGGAUAAUGCUCCUUCGACGAUUUCCCGCACAUCGGUCAUAAUGUAUUGCAUACUAGAUUGAUUAUAUCCGAAUACAACUUUGAAUAUUAUUUUCUGUUGGUUUAAUAGGCAUGUUAUAUUUACAUAUUAUUUGCCCUAUUUACGAACUUAUCAAUGCCGAAAUUGGAAAAUAGUGAUUUGUGUCUUCAUCAAGGGAUUAAUAUAAGGUCGUGUGAAAUUCAUAACUUUCUCAAACAAUUAUUGAUAGAAAAACGUGUACUAGUUAUCUGUUGUUUUGUUUUAUUGUAUUGUUACUUGAAAGGUGUGGAGGCCAAUUAUAUAGUGUACAAAUAUGAGCAUAUAAAACGUAAAGCGUAAUGACAGUUGCAGAAUAGAGCACAAUGCACAUACCUCGUAGGUAAUGGGAAUAAAGUACCCUGGAUUAAGCAAUAGUGAUUACAUAAAUGUGUACACAUUUAGGCCACACAAGAGCCGGUGUUUAGGUAUAGACAGGUGGAGGCAAGGAGUUAAUCUCAUUGCCCUACAGGCUGAAUAUUGGAAGGCGCAAUGAAAUACACUUGUCAUGUGUGUGACAAUUUCACUUCAAAACAACACCGUGGCUACAUCUGCAUCUAUAACACAAAAGCAAAGCCCUUUUUGCACACGAAGCGAAUGAUUAUUUUAUGAUCAUUUGUGUAUUUAUUUUUUAAAUUACGCGGCGUGUGCAGAAAGUCUCGACGAAGCAACGCAAUUCUUCACUACUUUCUUCCGUUGUUGAAAUUCAUUUAAAAUUCCAUGGAUUUGUAAUAAAACUGAAUCUCUGAUUUCAAGUACAGUUGUUUUUAAGUUUGUUUUGAUUCCAAUUAAGAAUGACCGGAAGUGAUUACGCGAAGUUGACCCAAGAACUCUCCAGGGAUGAUAGUCAACAAAUGUCGGAUCAGAAUCUAGAGAGGAGCACCUCCGAGGAAGCCGCUCCAACGAGGAGACAAAGCUACGCCGAUGACACAAAGUCUUGCGAGAGCCAGACGCUGCUCUCACGGUCGUUCAGGGCGUGGACGCCGGACCUGCUGCCCGAAAAAAAGGGCGUUUACGUGAAGCGCUCUGUCAACGUCCACCGAGGGACGCCAGGGCGGGCUCGCUGCAGGCCCGGUAACAAGGUCAAGGAUGGGUCCAUUUUGAAUGUCCUGGCCGCCCAGACCCUGAAGAUAGCCAGCAUGAAUGGCCUGGGUGAGCUGGACAAGCUGGAGAAUGAGCUGGAGGAUGAGAUCAACUAUGAGAACAGGUCGCCAGCCAAAACCGCCUUUGGGAGGUUCCGACGCGAAGGCUACCACAAGCUCCACAGCAAGAUGGUUCUGUUCAUUGUGGUCUUCCUGAACGUCAUCGACUGUCUCAUCGUCAUGGCAGAGCUCAUCUUAGACUUUCACAAUGUGUCAAUGAAGGAAGAAGCCAAGAACGACAUGCUGUCCAACUUCAUGAGCCUCAUGAUGGACAAGUACAACGGAAGUCUCGGAAGCUUGUCCAAAAAGACGGAUGAAUCACACGUCCUCCUUCAGCACAUCCUCAACGCCACCGUGGUUUUUGAUUACAGCUACCUCCCCGUCAACAGCACCGCCGAGCUGGUCACCAGCUGCAACAGCUACUUGAACAAGACCCAGACCACCGUGGUGCCCAAUGCGAACCAGCCCAGCGCGGACCAGCUUGGGGUUUGUUUUGGGGGUGUGCCCUACGAGAAGCCUUUCAUCUUGGAGAAAGACGGCCGGAUGUCACUGUCAUUGAUUGCAGUGGGGCACAAGCUUCAUUAUAUCAGUAUAGCGAUAUUGGCUGUGCUGGUCAUUGUGCUGGGGCUAAAAAUUAUUUGUUCUGGAAAAAGGUUUUUUAAAAGUCGUAUGCAAGUUUUUGAUGGUAUCAUUGUGUUGAUCUCGUUCAUCCUUGACCUUGUCUUCAUCGAAGGUCUUUCCAGUCUGAACACCAACGAAUUUGUGAUGAUCUUGACCUUCUUACUUCCCUGGAGGAUCAUUCGAGUUCUCAACAGUCUGAUUGUAGCUGUGCUGGAUAAACAAAGGUUAAACUUGAAGAUCAUCUACACGCAGAAGAAGAAGAUCACCAGAACCCUGGCAGAGGUGAACAACAAGGUCGAGGUCCUGCAGAGGCACGUCGAGGUUUUGCAAAAUCUUUGCUCGUCACGUGGUAUUGGGGACUACGAAGUGAAGAGGGCGCUUGGAGGCGACUCCUCGUCAACUCUGAAGAACGGAAGCAGCGGAGGGCUAGCGAGCAUGAUGGCGCUGGGCAAACUCGCAUUCCAAGCAGCCGAUGCUUUUGCGCCAAUGACCAAUGGCUACAAGAAGCCUGAGAUCAGUGCCUCAGAGCCGGUUCUGAACACAUUGGACAUUUCCCCUCCGGACACCCCAAGGCCAGGUGGAGACCGGGCGUCGGACAACAACAACCAAGCGCCUAAAAAUAAACCCGUCGGAAUAAAUGUGGAGCCCAAAGUGGACACUUCGGAACCGUACCCGGAAGUGACGUUAGAGGUUCCGGCUGAGAAUGAGAAAGACAUACGCCUGCAGACCGUGACGGUUCACAUGAACGGUAGCGGGCCCCCGAAGGAGACGAGCCUGAAUGAGGACAUGAGGAGAACUUGCAGCACGACGGACUUGACGGACGUCCAGUGCUACGUCAACGGAAAUGAGAUCAUCUCCAAACUUUAAGUUCUUCAAGGGGAAACUAUUUCUUCAUAGGAGACACUUUUUUUUUUUUGGUUUUCUUUGAGGGAGAUAAUUUCAUCAAGGGAAGCAAUCUCUUCAAAGGAUGAAAGUUUCUAUAAAAGGGAGACAAUCUCCAGCCGUGUUCACAUCACCAAGUGCUCUUCUUUAAACUAUUCAUUUUUUCUUGUAUUUGUCCCUACCCUCCUUCCUGCAAAGUCGCUGAAGGAGGGAGGGGGAUUGUUUCAAGGGACGUAACCCAAUGUUACCAUGGCAACAGCAAGGAAGCUGGUUUCAAUUAUCGUCAUCCUCAUAGCGUUUGUUCGUAAACCAUAUUACGAAUAAAACUACGCAUAUGAUGUAAAAGAGGAGUAUACUAAAAGUCGAUGCUAUAAUUUUAGAAUGUAUGGAACAUUGUAUAACAAAAAUAUUUAAUUGAUAUUUAUUUUUUAUCGGACUUAUACAGCAAGUUACAUUAAUCUUUACAUUUAAAUGAAGCUUGCAUUAAAUGUACUGGUAUUCCGUGAUUCAGACACUACUUUGUACUGCAUAGAAAGUUGGUCCUUUGCCAAAGAAAAAACUGUUUUUUUUUUGUAAACUUUGUACUUAUUGUUAAAUGUUUGGAACGUUUUUUGGAUAGAAUAGAAUUAUGAAUAACUCUCCUUUCACUCUUAAUCAUAAGUUGUUUAGGCAUUUAAGGGUUAAUUUAUAAAUCUAAACAAUAUAAGGGACAGAAUUAUAUUAACUUCAAUCUUCGGAAAGAGAGAUGGCGCUCUAUUAGAAAUAAUUAUAGCGUUAUGGUUUUAUUAAUAAAUUUCUCGUGAUUUUAUCCAACACGUGUUACUUUAGAUAGUGAUCUUGCAGCCCCUCAGAAGGAAGUGGUAUUGCGAGGGAGGAUAAGCGGGACCUCUGACCUCCCUUUGCUAAGAAACAGUUGUAAACUGUUCAAGCGUAGCGAGUUAUGUAAAAUAAAGAGCUAUAACUGUUUUGGUACUUUCACCAUUAUUAUUUGUGAUGAAAGCAUUAUUUCAAUCCAACAUGUUUUUAAGUGUUCUUAUUACAUAGCCAUUUAUGGAUGGUGCAUUUAUUUUACACUAGCAAAGAAGUUAGUUUGGAACUAGAAUGCGGAUUUCGCUGUAUUUUGUGUGUGUCUCUAACUAUCAUAUAUCUAUAUAUCGACAAUCUAUCAACGGCUUGAUAUUUUGGUUGCCUUUAUUGGAAUAUUUUAGGUGGCUAUGCAUAUGAUUAUAUAUAACACUUAAACUUGUAAAGCCACAGGGGACAGCUUGUUGAAAAAUAUCUUUUAAACGAAGACAGACAGCAACAUAUACAGUGAAAGUGUUUAUAUACAAGGGGAGGUAAUCAAUUCAAUUUUUAGAUACGUAAAAGACCCCCUCACAAGUUCUCUCAACCAUAUCUUGAAGAGUUCCUUCUCUUCUUAAGCUUUAAAAAUGUGAAUCUACAUUUUGUAACGACAUAUUUUUCAAUUAAGUUCUUGUAGUCUUUAUUGUUCCUAUCUUCUAUUAAUAAAUUAUGGUAAACGUGGCCUCAAAGAAACAAAAAAAAAAAAAAAAACAUUCCCGGAAAAGGAAGUCGCACUUUCAUGAUGUGUCGAACUCCAAAAGAUGGGAAAACUUCAGGUUCCGUUCCAAAGUUGACAUUCUCUAUGCAUGCUUUCUGUACACUCAUCUCCUUCUCUGUACACCGACUUCGCUUUCUCUGUAGUAUAGAACUUGACAUGCAAGAUUGUUGACUCUUCAAUCAAAGAUCAAACUAGAACUUGUAUAGUUUUUAGGUUUAAUUUCAUGAGCAUUUUUUUUUUACAGUACCUCUAUUCAACUCGUAUCUUCGUGGAAUCUAAACUUCUGGGUGGGAAAAUGCUGGGUGGAAACUGGAUAAUGAUCUCGAAAACGUUUUUAACGAUUUUCCUUGAAAUUUGAAAGUUGCUGUAUAUCAUUUGGAGAAGAAUUACUAGCUCAAUGGCCACACUGGGAAAACUCUAGUUUGACCGUUAUAAUUUUUCAAAGCAAAGAAAAAAAAAGAUAUUUAUUUUUGGCUCGAGAACAAGAAAUUAUGUAUCUUGAACGGACAAUAUGUCCUGGGUUAUUUCCGCAUGUAGGCAUUAUUUAUUCCAGAGUUUAAUAAAUUAAUUUUUAGGAACAUUUUACGCGUCGUCUUCUAAUAUUAGAUCAAAACACUUAUCCUUGGAACAUUAUAGUCUAGUAGAUCUAUACAUUCGCUUAGCCAGGAUUCUUUCUCGGUGGAAGGGGGGGGGGGAAUGGAGAGGCGUAAAAAAUGUUUUUUUUUUUUAAAAUCUAACUUUCAUUAAGAGAAAAACAAUCGCUCUAUAAGUUCUAUAGAAGAGUUAUUCUCUUUGUUUCUCUUUCUGCUCAGACUUUGCUCGACACUCUGCUUCAGACUUUGGAAAUACUUUUGCCAAGACUUUGUUAAGAAAAUGUUCUCAGCUUUUAUUGAGUUUAUUUUUUGUACUGUUUAGGAUGAGGCGAGAAAAGCAAUUUAAUAAAACUUUAAUGACUUGAUUAUACAAACAAAUUAACAAGUGCGAAGAGUAAUGUCAUGCAAGCUCUUCCAUUUGCUUAGUUGCUUUUAUCCAUAUGUAUCAAUCUUGGAUCGACCGCAGACACAACCCUUCAUCCAUCAAUAGGACAUACUGAUUUAGUCAAACUGAUAUGUGAAGUGUAUACAUUUGCAUCGUAGACUUUGUACAUAACACGUGGAACUGGGUAACUAUAAAAUACAUCUUAUCUUAUAUAAUACAGACGUUACUUCAAAAAAGAAGAUGAUUACGUCCUACGCGUCAUGCAUUCAGUCAUGCAUAUCAAUGGAUUGAACGCGAGUGAAAACAAAUAGUUACUUUCAGGUUAGUCGCAAACAUUUUCACCUUUACGGGGUUUUAUAAUGCACAUUUUUGUUGUUGAGAUAAUCUCUCCCUCUCUCUCUCUCUCUAUCCAAGAUAAUUUCAAAUAUAUAAUGUGGGUCUUGUCGUGACACUUCUACUCUCCCCUGCACGCAUUAAAAUAAAAGUUCCUCCCCUCCUUUUGCCUUGUCAGAGCUUGCGAUUUAUAAGGCAGAUGAUAUCAAGGUCAUCAUUUCUUUUUUAGACCCACGAUUAACGAGGGUGUCAUGUGGCCAGCACAACGACCAACCAUCUUUACUUUUCCCCAACAAAUGUCAGUUUCCCAUUAGAGCUGGGUGGACUCAGGGGCGCCCUAACAAUCACAAAAUUUAAAAAUCCCAGUCUUCAUUGGGAUUCGAACCCGGAAGCCAGGCGCUUGACCACUUAACCGCCACGCCCCGUUCUACACGCAUUCUUUGUUAUUUAUUCAACUUAUAAAACACAAGUAAAUACACCCUUCGCGACGGUUCGGUCGUCAGAGAGGAUUUGAAAGGGAAUUAGUACAAUGUACCUACAGCAUUAUUUUUCUGAAUCUGCCUAUGCAGAGAUACGAUGAACUAAAAAACAACAAAAACCUACACUUUGGCAGGUUCUCCUAUUAGCCAACCAACAUUGUUUUAGUUGGCAAUGGUAAUCACGUUUACACAAAGAAGAAAAUACCAUUUGCAAUAAAAAUCAAAACAACAUUUUUUUGUGACAGAACUUUAUAAUGUAACUGAAAUGUACAAAAUUAUAUCAUAUUGAAUAGCUGUUGUUUUGUUUUUUUUUACGAAAUGUACAGAGCUUUUUAUUGUUGUUGUUUUCACAAUAAUUGUUUCAUUUUUUUGAAAAUCAAAGUUCAUUGUAUCAGUGAACCUAAUUUGAACAUUGCGUGCUGUAGUUGAUUGGCUCUUUCGAGUAGCAGACGUCGCUUAUUGAUUGGCUCGUGACUAGAACCAAUCGUUUCCUUUUCACUUAAAAAAAAAAAAAACUAACAAU